AUGAAAUCUGUAGGUCAACCCUUAUCAACUCCAAGCUCUAUAGUUGAUUUACCACCUUUGAUCAUUGGAGGUGCCACCUUUAAUUAUCAAUAUACCGAUAAUCCCGAGAAUGCACCUAUUUAUGAGAUUUUAGAUUUAGCUUUUAGUACAGGUUUGAUCGCCCUCGAUACUUCACCUUAUUAUGGACCCAGUGAAAUUUUAAUUGGUAAGGCUUUACAAGAAUUACAUCAACAAGGCAAAUGGAAAAGGGAAAAUUAUUUUAUUUGUACUAAAGCAGGAAGAGUCAAGUUGAACGACUUCGAUUAUUCUAGAGAAUCUAUCAAUGCACUGAUUCGUAGAUCUUGUGAAAGAUUAGGAACCUCGUAUUUAGAUUUGGUUUAUUUACAUGACAUUGAAUUUGUUCAAGAAAACGACAUUUAUGAAGCUUUAAGGGAAUUAAAACUUUUGAAAGAUCAAGGUAUUAUUAAGAAUUUUGGUGUUAGUGGAUACCCUGUAGAUUUUUUAUAUAAGAUAGCUUUGGGAGCUAAAAAUAGUGAUAUAGGACCAUUAGAUGCUAUUUUAUCAUAUUCUAAUGGAUGUAUCCAAAACACCAUUUUGUUUGAUUACUAUGAAAAGUUCUUAGAUUGUGGGAUCAAAAAGAUUAUGAAUGGAUCGAUUUUAAGUAUGUCAUUAUUGAGAUCAGGAAAGACUCAUGAUUUUCAUCCAGCACCUGCAGAAUUGAAACGAAGUGUUGAAGAAGUCGCAGAUUAUGUCGCGGAACACUACCAUGAAGACUUGGCUGAAUUAGCAACUAGAUUCGCUUUAAAGAAAUGGUUAUUCGACGAAGAUUCUGAAUGGAAUAAUAAAGUUUCAAUUGUUUUGGGACUUUCUAACGUUAAAGAAUUGAAGCUGGCUAUUGACAAUUAUUGGAAAGUCAAGAUGAAUAUGGAAAACAUCAAUGAUGAAGAUGCUGUUAGAUUUAAAAAGGUUCAACAGUUAUUAGGGGACCAUUACAACGAAACCUGGGAAAGUGGUAUCGAACAUUAG